AUGUUUCCUCUCCUGUCCUCUUUCCUUUCUCUCACGCCACUGAAGUGCGGUAACGCGUCUCGUCUUUGCGUCGCUGUCGCUGUUGUUCUCGUCAACUCCCUCGCUCUUUCCCUCCCUCCCUCUCUCUCACAUUCAUACACGCUCUCCAGCCCCACUGGCCCUAUAGCCACCACAUUCCACGCCCUCUCCUCUCUCUUCUUGGCGCACCGCGUCACACCCUCCUCUGCCCCAUACCGCGUCCCCGUCCUGUCAGCGUCAGUCUCUCCCUCUCUCUCCGUGUGUGUGUGUGUGUGUGUGUGGGCCUUCGCCCUUUUCGCGGUACACACAAAUUCGGUGCUUUUCCGUGCUUUCUUCGUUUGCUCGUUUAUUGACUCGUUGCGCGUGUCUUGUGCGUGCGCCCGUGUGUACCGCAGUGUGUCUAGUCCUGUCGCGCCUCUCAACCAGCGCCUCCGUCUCCGCCUCCACCUCAAGCUCUCCCCACCCCACCCCCUCCUUCGCUCCAGAUCGCUCGCUCUCUGCAAUCGCUUUCAUUCAGGUCUGCCUCUCAGCUCUCCCCACCCCCACCUCCUCUUCGCGUCCUCUCCUUGCUCAUCUACCGCUUUCCCACUUGCCUCCCUGGCGCCUUGGCUCCGCUCUACCCCUCACCGCAGUAUUUCCCCCGGCAUCAUGAUGCGUGGAGGAGCCGCCAAGGGCGCUGCUGUGCAGGCCGAGUUCACAGUCUUGCGCAAGCCCACUGAGGACAACAAGUACUGGUACACUGCCGUACACCAGGGCGAGCCCGUGACCUUCCGAGUACUCGAUGACAACGGUAUCGACCCCAUGGACGGGGCCGGCUACAUCAAGGCGCGCGUGCAAGCUAUGCAGAAGCAUGUGCAGGAGGCCUGCAUCGACAUCGCCGCCGAGAACGCCUACCGUGCUGUGCUGGUGGAGGUGAGUCUCAUGGACGAUCCCAUGGCAAUUCCUGAAGAGACACAACGCAACGUGGACUGCGCCGUGGACCUAUGGUACCCGCUGCACGUGGCACUCAUGACGGCCAACAAGUCAGCUGCGCAGGCACUUCUGCAGUUCCACAUGGAGCAUGCCUUAGAUGCGAUGACGCUCAUCGCGAACACUCCAAGCACAGUGAAUAGGCCGGACUCACUGCCUGCAGCACCGGCGUCCGGCGAUGGUGCUCUCCAUCCUCCUGGAGACGCUAGCACUGCUUCGAUUUCGCCGAUCGCUGUCACCCCAAUUCUUGAGUGCCAGGUGCGUCGAGAGCUGGGCGGUGCGGUGGUCCUGCUUGGCUACUUUGACGGUCGCAUCCGCCUCUUCUCCUCGGCUGCAGCUCGCAAGAGCUGCCCGCUGAGCCCAGUUCGAGCGGCGUCUCCGCAGGUCGAACCCAUCAGCGGUAGCCCUGUGGCUAUCGAGGGCGCCGUUGUUGGUGGAUGUCACUGCAGCACCGACACCGCUGUCGGUGAAAGCAUGCUUCUGCAGAACCUAUGUAAGCACAACGACGCUCUCCUGCGAGAGGAAGAGGCUCUCUUCGAGGACAAGGGCGAGGAGUACUGUCUGCGCAACAUCCUCGUGGUGAUGCGUCCGCUGCUGCAGAGCGUCGUCCUCGAGAUUAAACGGCGCGCGCAGUGCACGACGACGACCGCGUCCUUGUCCUCGCAGCACCACAACCACCGUCACAAGGCGAGUGGGGAGUCUGCCACGCCGGUGGUGCCGGAGUCUGCGGUCGACUUUCUGCACAACUACUGCAAGAGCCUUAGCAUGUUGCCCCAGCACCCACCGCUGCUAAUGGAUGGUGACACAGUUUUCGAGGUGUGCAACCACGGCGACCUUGCGUUACUGGCCAAGGUGAUGGACACCUUCGAUGGCUGUUUAGCCCCCGUUCUCCGCGGACAGACGUUGCUCACCGAUCGAAGCGCUGGCGGCAGAAGCGUGAAUGAGGCGCAGCUGAACGCAGCGGGCGUGGCGGCUCUCACCAGCGCGACGCCGCCACAAAUCUCCAGUCGCAACCCAUCCUCGCCCUUCAUCGGAGCGGCGCCGUGCUGCUCUUCCAGCUUCCUCUCGCUGGGAGGAGACACUAGCGCUCACACCAUUGCGGGUGCCUCAUGUAAGGGUAACGUUGGGCGUCAUUCGCACACGCUGUCACCGGAGCCGUUCUGGUGGAGCUGUCCGCCGCAGAACGUACAUCGCCUGAUGUUCGUCGCCGUCUGGAUUGGGUAUCGUGAGGUAGUCGAGGAAAGCAGCGGCUCUGGUCGUCGUCGCCGUGCGGUGAGCAUCUCAAACGAGAACCGAUUGAUGAUGACCACCAUCCGGCAGCUGCAAGAGUCGCGGGCGGCUGCACAGAAGCUAGACUCCACCAUCUGGUCCGGCCACCUUAUCACCAUCACAAAGCUGCUCUCGCAGGAGUGCUCCUUGGAAGACUACAUGGACUUUGUGGAAGAGGGCGGCUACUUCUCCUUCACCUCCCCUCACGGUUUCUCUGGGGUGUUCAUCUCGGUAUUGGUGUCCGGCACCAUGGCGGCUGCACUGGUACAGGAACCGGCCAUGUUGCGAAUGCUUCGGCGCAAGGUGGAGACGCUGCUGGUCGAUGUACCCGGUCGUUCGUCGCCGCUGCGCACCUACGUGAUGGGUAGUCCGAGCACGCAUGCGGAGCGCUUCAGAGAUCUGUGGCUAGAUGCUGGGUGCCACCGGGUUGCCAAUACUGACGGCGACAACACCGAGACGGACGACUCUGAUCAUGCGGAUGGCAUCGGAAGAGGAGGGCCCCGACCCGUUAAGUUCCGCUCCCGAGUCGAACUACUAUACUACGCCGUCGUCGAGCAGGUCGCGGCGGCAGCAGAGGAGGCCUGGAAGGUGCAUGGGGCCGAGGGGGGUCAUUCAAUCAAGACAACGGGAAGCAGCGCUACCCCGUCCUCGUCGCUGUGGCCCUCCGGUGCAACCAAGACGGAAUCCCUGACGGCGCUGCAGGGCUGGCUGCUUAUGUGGAAGAACUUCCUCGCAAGCCUUCAUGACCGCACGUCGCACCGGGGCAACCUCAGCUACAGUAGCGCAUCAUCGCAGAUACUACAGCAGGAGCGGCAGGAACGGUCACAACACAUCCCGAACAGCGGCGCAGAGAGCUCCCUCACCACGGACGGCACGUCCCCACCCCUGACCCCCACGACCGCAUCGCAUCACCAGCAUACCGCGAGCACCGAGGACCUCUUCAGCGAUGACGCGAACGAGACGGUGGACAUCGUGCAACGGGUGUACCACACCCUCGCUGAGCGACUCGAGAGAGGCCAGGAGCCCCUGCCGGCGCUGCGACGUGUCCUGUUCCCGAACGGCACCAACGACAUGGAGAUCGGCACCCCGACUGCUGGCACGUCGGUGCACGUGGGCGAGGCCCUUCCGGUCUCCUCCACUGACCAGGAGUUCGCUGCCGCGCAGCACGCCUUUGCCGCGGCGGCCGAAAAGGAGAGCAAUGAAGUGAAACUCAAGUUCUACGCCCUCUUCAAGCAGGCAACGAUCGGUGAUGUGAAUACGAACCCCCCUGGCAUCUUCGACUUUGCCGGGAAGGCGAAGUGGGACGCCUGGUCGAAGCUGAAGGGGAUCAGCUCGCUGGACGCGAAGCGCAUGUAUGUGAAUGAGUACAAGAUGAUGAUGAGCCUGCGCAAGCCCCAUGAGUAG